AGUCAAUAUUACUAUCAUAAGUGCAUUCAGUAAAGCGCGUCACUAACGUACGCUUGACCAUUUUCAUUCUUCUAAUUUAGUUCGUCGUAGUCUUCCAUCGUGAAGCAGCGAACAAAACUAAUUGAUCUAGUAUCGUAAUUGAAACAUAUUUAAACAAGUCUUCACUAAACUGAUUUCGGUGUAAUAAGCUCAGUAUAUUGCUUCAAUUUUUUGAAUUAAAAAGUGAAAGGAAUAACGUCGAACAAUAAAAAUCAAAAUGAUCUUCUAUCCGAUAUUCUAUUUAUUCAGUAGCGCCUAUAAUCUCUCCAUACUGCUCGAAUAUUCUCAAUUCAAAUACUAUAAAAAUGACAACUUUCAUAUACAAAUACUAUUAACGAUCUGUGUGAUAUCAUAUAACAUGGGUGCUUUCUCUGCAGUGAUGAAGGAUUAUAAGAGAAGCAGAACUCAUCCUCUUGUAGCAGACUACAUGUACAUCAUAAGAAGUUUAGGAAGAUCUUCGACUGAUAAACUCGACGGAUAUUUAUUUUCCAAGGAUUUGAGUGACAAAAUAUUUCUGUUGAUUACAUUUUUAUCUGGAGUAUUCAGUUUAACAUCGAUUAUAAAUCCAUUCUGGGAUGUAUCGGUUUACUUUAAUUUGUAUAUUGUGAUAACAUAUACACAAGCUUUAAUCUUUACUACAAAAAAAUUACUAAGAUUAGCAGACGAAAUCGAAAAGAUUGAUCGCAAAAUUGAUAAAAUGAAGUCAACUAGACCAGAUAAAAAACAAGCUUGUGAAGAAUCAAUCACCUCCACUGUUAAUGAGCUCAAUGCAGUCAACAUAAAAAUAUGUAAGCAUUGGAAUGCAACUGCGGACAUUUACGAAAAUUCACUUUUAAUAGCAUCCAUGCAUUUGAUAACAAAACUGUCAUUAUUUGCAACUUACACAAUCAAAGCAUACUAUACUCGAGGUAGAUGCAGUGGUAAAGCUAACCUAGAACUCCUAGAUUUUUUCCUAUUAAUAAGCUUCUUUAUUUGUCGUGCAAUUUAUUUUCACAUUGUAGAAGAUCAGAUCCAUAGCAUUAAAAACACUGUAGACGAGAUAUUGGAAAAAAAAGUGAACAAGAGUGCCCGAAUUGGAGAAGCUUUACAGGAAUUCUUACACACGCAUAAAACCAUAUAUUCUAUACCUGAUGUUCCUGUAGACUUUUAUCAACGAAUACGUGCAGUCUUCUUUACCCGCGAAGAAAAUGUUAAUCAAUCUCCGAUUGAUACCAACAUUGCGAAGGAUAUCUCUCUUCUAACAUUAAAUUUGUUUAUUGUUAUUAUGACUACCAAAAUUCUUCUUAACCUGCCAAGUUUACAUGCUAAUGACCUAUGCAACCUUUACGAUUUACCAAACACCUACAUACAUAAAGCUGCGUGGUUCUUCUUACUGUUGUUUGUGAAAUGCAACGUGUUAGAGAAAUUUUGUGAUAGACUUUGUAACAAUUAUGUGUUUGAAGUAUCUACUUAUCUUCUUAUAGUUUUCAUUUUUCAUGCCAAUAGUUUUUAUAAUUUGUAACUAAUUUGAAUUUUUUGUAUUGUAUACACAGAAAAAAUUGAUUCUUGCCACAAGAAAAAUUUUUCACUAUGAAUUAGAAACAAAAAUUUUCUUACGACUAAAAAAAAUUUAUUAACACAAGGAAUUUCUUUUCCACCCGAAAAUUUUCGUUUUCAAUUCAUAAUGCAAAAAAUUUCAUGCCAAGAAAUCCUUUUUUCUGUGUAGCUCACAUUAUUAAUAGAGUAGAUAUCAAUAUUUUGAUACGUCAUUGGGUAAACAAAAAUUUUUCCAACUGACAGUUAUAGUUGUUUGAUUAAUUGAUAAUUUAAUUUUAAUUAUUUUAAUAAGCAGUGUAUAAUUCUUAGAAAAUUUUCUUUACCUGAUUAUUUUUAAUGAUAUUAUUUAUAAUAGACAACAAUAAACUACUUUUCUUCGCGAAUGAUUUAAGAAGUGUUCGAUUUCUACAAAUAUUUCAUUACAGACAAAGACAUGAAAAAAAAAAAUAUGAUUGUUUGUGUAAAAAAAAUAAUUGUUUUUUAAUGAAUUUGUCAUAAAUAAUAAUAAUAAUAAUAAUAAUAAUAAUAAUAAUAAUAAUAAUAAUAAUAAUAAU